UCUUCAGGAACAACAACACGGAUACUAUUUCAACCACCUGGGUAGCUUGCUAGACAACAUAAAACGUACAGAUUGACGUUUUAGACCAUGUUUGUGUACAUUCGGCAAACCCAGUGUUUAAAACACAUGUCAGCUGACGUAUCAACUGGUUAACUUUAAUCUAUUUUGCCUUUUCAAUUUCAAAAACCUGUUAAAUAUUGAUACUAAGCCUAGCAUUCGGCUAGUCGCUAAUGCUAACUAGCUAGCUAACAUCCCCGACCAUGUGUUCACUAAACUACUAUUCCCCUGCUAAAGAAGAGGAUGUCAGCUGUAUGAAGAAAGAAGCUCUAGAGAUGAACAUUGUUGUGAAAGAAGAAGAAGAGGUGGAUAUUACAGUGAAAGGAGAGAAAGAACAUUUUAGAAUUAAAAAGGAAGCAGAGGAGGCUGUUAUAGUGAAAGAAGAGGAGGCUGUUACAGUGAAAGAAGAGAAAGAACCUUUUAGAGAGGAAGAGGAUGCUAUCUUAAUAAAGGUGAAGGAGGAAGACGUUUUGGGAGUGAAAGAGGAGGAGACAGCGUUAACACCGAUUAACACCAGAGAGAGACAUGACUAUGGUGGAUCCUCUGGGGAGCCUCAACAACAUCCUGAUGCUGACGAGGCAGUGAAGAGUCUCUCCAGAUCAGAACACCAGAUGGACAACGCUAGCCCUUCCUCACUCCCCGAGUCCUCGUGUCGUGCCUCUCCCGGUAGCACCUUACUGCUGGGUAGGAAGAGGUUGUCUGUGCUGCUGGUGGACUGCAGGAAAACAACGGGGCUGAGUGGAACUGUGGGAGGAGGAGAAGAGAGGAAAGGAUCAGAUUUGACACAUCAAAGAGAAAGACCAAACUCAGAGGAACCAGAGCCAGGGACGUCCAAACCAGCAAGACGACACCAGUGCUCCCACUGUGGAAAGAGUUUUAACCAGAAAGCACACCUGAAAGCUCAUGAGAGAAUACACACCGGGGAGAAGCCUUACCACUGCUCCCAGUGUGGACAGUGUUUCGUUCAAAAAGCACACCUGAAAGCUCACGAGAGAAUACACACGGGGGAGAAACCUUACCACUGCUCCCAGUGCAGGAAGAGUUUCAACCGGAAAACAUACCUGAAACUACACGAGAGAAUACACACAGGAGAGAAGCCUUACCACUGCUCCCAGUGUGGAAAGAGUUUCAACCAUUCAGGGACGCUGAAACAGCAUGAGAGAAUACACACAGGAGAGAAGCCUUACCACUGCUCCCAAUGUGGAAAGAGUUUUAAGAAUUUAGGGAACCUGAAACUACAUGAGAGAAUACACACAGGAGAGAAGCCUUAUCACUGCUCCCUGUGUGGAAAGAGUUUUAACAAUUUAGGGAACCUAAAACAACAUGAGAGAAUACACACAGGAGAGAAGCCUUACCACUGCUCCCUGUGUGGAAAGAGUUUUAACAAUUUAGGGAACCUAAAACAACACGAGAGAAUACACACAGGAGAGAAGCCUUACCACUGCUCCCAAUGUGGAAAGUGUUUUGUCUGUUCAGGGGAGCUGAAACUACAUGAGAGAAUACACACAGGAGAGAAGCCUUACCACUGCUCCCAGUGUGGAAAGAGUUUCAGCCGGAAAGAUAGCCUGAACCAACAUGAGAGAAUACACACUGGAGAGAAGCCUUACCACUGCUCCCACUGUGGAAAGAGUUUCAACCGGAAAACAUACCUGAAACUACAUGAGAGAAUACACACAGGAGAGAAGCCUUACCACUGCUCCCAAUGUGGAAAGUGUUUCGUCUGUUCAGGGGAGCUGAAACUACAUGAGAGAAUACACACAGGAGAGAAGCCUUACCACUGCUCCCAGUGUGGAAAGAGUUUCAACUGUUCAGGGACGCUGAAACUACAUGAGAGAAUACACACAGGAGAGAAGCCUUACCACUGCUCCCAGUGUGGAAAGAGUUUCAACUGUUCAGGGACGCUGAAACAACAUGAGAGAAUACACACAGGAGAGAAGCCUUACCACUGCUCCCAGUGUGGAAAGAGUUUCAACUGUUCAGGGACACUGAAACAACAUGAGAGAAUACACACAGGAGAGAAGCCUUAUCACUGCUCCCUGUGUGGAAAGAGUUUUAACAAUUUAAGGAACCUAAAACAACAUGAGAUAAUACACACAGGGGAGAGGCCUUACCACUGCUCCCAGUGUGGAAAGUGUUUCAUCCGGUCAAAGGAGCUGAAACAACAUGAGAGAAUACACACAGGUGAGAAGCCUUACCACUGCUCCCAGUGUGGAAAGUGUUUCAACCGGUCAUGGGGGCUGAAACGACACGAGAGAAUACACACAGGGGAGAAGCCUUUCCACUCCUCCCAGGGUGCAAAGCUUUUGCCCAUUUAGGGAGCCUGAAAGAACACAUGAGACUGCACACAGCGGAGAAUGCUUACAAAAGGCCAGACUGUGGGAAAACAUUUUACUCAUAACAGUCACUUAAACGUCUUUAGAGAAUCCACACAGGAGAGAGAAAUGACUUCUCUUAGCGUGUAUAUUGAUAUUUCACAUCACAUUGACUUAAAAUUCAUCAGAGAACAUACACAGUUCUCCCAUUGUCUUAUAUUGUUGACUGACAAUGUGUUUACCUGUUUUUACCAUAUUAAAUGGUUUCUUCCAAUUAUUGAUAAACAUGUACCUGUUAAGAAACUGACUGUUAGAACUGUUAAGGCUCCAUGGAUUGAUGAGGAAUUUAAAAACUGUAUGGUCAUUGGUAAAAAUAGAAAAGAGUCGAGGUCCUGGAAAGAGUUUUAACCAGAAAGGACACCUGAACCAACAGGGGGAAAUACGCACAGGGGAGAAGCCUUAACACUGCUCCCAGUGUGGAAAGGGUUGUAACCAGUUAAGGGACCUGAAAAUACAUGAGAGAAUACACAUACGGGAGAAGUCCUACCUGGCCGUUUACAAUGUUAGAUGUUUACAAUGUUGAAAGUAUACAUACAGGAGAAAAGCUGUACCACUGUUACCAGUGUGGAAAGAGUUUUUCCCACUUAUGUCAACUGAAAACACAUAAGCGAAUACACACAGGGGAGAAGCCUUACCACUGCUCCCAGUGUUCAAAGAAUUUUAACAAAUUAGGGAAGCCUUAAAAAACCCAUUAGAGGGCCUCCCGGGUGCCGCAGUGGUUAAGGGCUGUGCCACCAGAGACUCUAGGUUCGCGCCCAGGCUCUGUCGCAACCGACCGUGACCGGGAGGUCAGUGGAGCGACGCACAUUUGGCCUAGCGUCGUCCGGGUUAGGGAGGGUUUGGCCGGAAGGGAUAUCCUUGUCUCAUCGCGCACCAGCGACUCUUGUGGGGGGCCGGGAAAACAUAUUACUCAUCACAGGCACUUCAACGUCAUGAGAGAAUCCACACAAAAGAGAAGAAUUACUUGUAAUAUUGAUAUUGAUAUUUCACAUCACAUUGACUUAAAAUUCAUCAGAGAACAUACACAGUGCUCCUGUUGUCUUAUAUUGUUGACUAAGAAUGUGUUUACUUGUUUUUAUGAGAUGAAAGUGAAUUGUACAAAGUAUACUCAAACAUAUAUUUGUUUGUUUCUAUUAGAAAACAUGAAUUGAAUAUGGAGUCUGUCAGUUUGAAUAUAGAGUAGAUCAGAUUCCAUGUGUUUAAAUGGUCCUUUUUUAAACUCUUUGUGUGUGUUUAUCUGGGUGUGUCAUUCCUCCAGCACUACAGAUAAUCAAGUUAUAUUUGGAUGUGAUGCAUUUGUUCCAUUGUUGACAUUUGCAUUGUUGGCCCACUGAUGAUUUAAUGACAUGAAAAUGUUCAGACUCUGUAAUGGAAAAUGUUAGUUGUAUGUGUGUCCACAUAACUGAGUAUGUGACUAACCUUGUGAAACUGUCCUAUUAUAAGCUCCUGUUCUUGGGACUAUCAUUCUGUGUUGCAAACCAAUUUACACCUAUGUCCUUGUAUGAAUAAAGUCCCGCCCAGGAACAGGAAACUAUAAAGAUAUGUGCUAAUCACUCAAUGCUUCAGGAAUUCAGACUGUCUACACUGCGCUGUGUAACUCUGUUAUUCUCUCUGAGCUCAGAAAUAAAGAAUCUUGGUUUGA